AUGUACUUUCCUCCGACUGCCAACUCUACCGCCAGCUCAACUGGAGACUCGGCCUGCGACGCAGACGACGAACCUCGUUUCUACCCCCCACUGUGGCAACAACGCCGAAACCUCGCUCGUCGCAUCCUCGACGAGAAUCAUGCCACCUCGGUGAUUGACUUUGGGUGUGGAGAGGCAGCGCUGAUAUCGCUGUUGAUUUGGGAGACUACAGGAGACUAUCCAAUAACCCAUUUGGCUGGUGUCGAACUGAAAGAGGAUCGCCUUCAACUCGCGCGCGAAGCAUGUCAACCCCAAGACUUUGAGCUGGGAUCCAAUCUUCGUGUCAAUGAGCUCACCAUUGAUCUCUUCCAAGGCUCUAUUGACCAGCCCGACCAGCGCCUCAUUGGAUAUGAUGCCCUUGUCUGCCUUGAAGUGGUUGAACAUUUGGACCCACCUGUGCUGGAUAAGUUCUGGAGCGUCGUUUUGGGAUCACUCAAACCCAAGAUGGUCAUUGUGUCCACACCAAACGCCGAGUUCAAUAUCUACUUUCCUCAGCUCAACUAUGGAAAGCUCAAUGCCAUCUUCCGGAACGACGACCACCGCUUUGAAUGGACGCGUCAAGAUUUCCAAGACUGGUGCAAUGCUGCUGCUGGACAGUACGGCUACGAUGUGACAUACACAGGGACGGGUGCACUUCCAGGAUACAACCCUGAGAUCGGUCUCUGCACCCAGUUUGCAAUUCUCCACGCUCAGAACCCUACACAACAACCUGCAUUAGCGUCACUAGGUGCCAGCACAGAGGAUCAGCCGUAUCGUCUUUUCUCACGAGUCGAAUACCCCAUCUACAAAGAACAGCACUCGGAUGAAGAAAUCCUGGGAUAUCUUCAUGAAUAUAUCGCUUGCAUCCGACCACGGUUACCUGAACCAUACGAUGAGACGGACGACAUGGGUCACCACAAUGAAACCUCAUAUGGGGAUGCGGGUGUCGGUUAUGGCGCGAAAUCUUCUUUAGAUCAGCCAGAUGGCACCUCUUCCAACACCACAGCGGACGAUCCACCAAACGAGACCAGUGUUGAACUUGGAGUUGUCUUACUAGAGGACCUGUGGAUUGUCCUUGGUGUAAGGCAGCGAUGCAAGAACAAGACGAACAUGAUCCGCAUUCUCAAUCUGAGUUCCUUGGUCAGGGUCGAGCAAGAAGCAGGAUUGAUACGGUUUGACGAGGAUGACCCUUACUGGAAGGAAGCUGACAAACCUUUCGAGGCUGCUUAUUCUCAGAACGAUGAACAGCUCAGUCCAAGAGGAUCUGACAAUGGCGACUGGAGCGACUCGAGUUUCUACAAAGGCGAGAAUGACAAUUUUGAGGGUGAGGACGAGGCAGAGAGAAAGCCUUACGGUUGGGCAUACCAAGAUUUCACGGACCAGGAGGUAGAGCAACAAUUUGACGUGCCUCUGGACGACAGGGGAUGGUCAGCUUGGAGUGAUCCGCCUGUUACUGAGGAUACACCGGAGUGGUACAGUCCGAAAUAA